AUGACUUCCACCGCCCACGUACUCGAAUCUCUCGUAGACGCUAAUAUCAUGGAGGAGUUCGACGAAAUCCUCAACUGCGGCGCCGUUCCAGUCAUUGGCCUAAUGCCGAUUGCGUUAAUGACCAUUGGCGUUGUUUUGGUAUCCCUUCUGGUGUUCGUGGUGUUUGCGUUGUUGUCAAAGGGAAAGAGGAAGGUAAAGUGUACGGGGGCCUGUAAAAAACCACCUCUCGAGGCUGUCCCUGGGAGUCGCAUGUCGGUUGAGAUUAAAUUGACGGGUUUUGACGAGUUGAAGGAUGAGGUUACCAAGCUUCAGAAGCAAGUGGCUGAAGAAACUGAGGGGCGAGCACGCGACGCAAAGGACUCGCGCGACACCAUCCGUACUCUGGAGGAACGCCUGUUAAAGGCUGAAGGGAGAUUUCCUCGCUCCAAGAAACGUCUUCAAGGCAAAGAUCAAUGA